AUGGAACAACUUAUUCAUCGACUGGAUGUAAUGAAGGAGCAUUAUGCUCAAGAGGAGUAUGGGCCCUUCAAUCAGCGAAUCCAUAUAACAGUUCGUAGAGAGAGGUUGGUGACAGCGAUGAAAAUGCUUAUGAAGGAGAAGAAGGAAACCAGGAGUUUGAAAAUCAGGAGCCUUGAGUCUAACAUCAUAGGCAAAACACGCAUCGAGGGCAUGCAGAUCAUGAUGUUGCAACUCAGGCAAAGGUCAAUGAGCUUUGAUCAAUUUACUGAUCGCUUCCACAAAUUGGCUGUUCGUAGUAAGGUUGUGGAGACUGAGCAACAGACCUUAGCUCGAUAUCACACAGGACUAAGCAAUGAGCUGUGCAAAAAUGAUAACGAACAAAACCCUGCCACCAGAAGAGAUCUGCUCAUCGGUCUCGGUGGACUCUAUGGAGCAACUAGACUUAGUGAUCCAUUUGCCUAUGCUAACCCCAUUGCACCCCCAGACUUAACCCAAUGUGAGCUCGUUACCCUGCCAUCCGAAAGUAAUCCCACGAACUGUUGCCCUCAAACUUCCACAAAGAUCAAAAACUUCGAAUUCCCUUCUGCGUCCUCCCCAAUGCGCAUUAGGCCUGCUGCUCAUUUAGUUGAUAAAGCCUACCUAGCUAAAUACGCCAAAGCCAUUGCACUGAUGAAAAGUCUUCCUGACGAUGAUCCACGUAGCUUCAAGAACCAAGCUAACGUUCAUUGUGCUUAUUGUGAUGGUGCUUAUCACCAAGCAGGCUUUCCUGAUUUACAACUUCAAAUUCACUUCUCGUGGCUCUUCUUUCCAUGGCAUAGAGCCUAUUUAUACUACUUCGAAAGAAUCUUGGGUAAACUGAUUGAUGAUCCAACUUUCGCUUUGCCUUUCUGGAAUUGGGAUGCCCCUGCCGGCAUGCAAAUGCCAGCCAUUUUUACUGACCCCCAAUCACCACUUUAUGACCCUCUUCGCGACGCGAAUCACCAACCUCCGACAUUGCUUGAUCUUAAUUACGCCAAAGGAGAUGCGAAUCCAGACCCUGCAAAAGCAGAGGAAUUGUAUGCAUACUAA